AUGUCUGACGCAGGAAGAAAGGGAUUCACCGAGAAGGCCAAGGAGUCGAUCAAGCCAGACUCUCAGAAGGGAUACUUGGAGAAGGGUAAAGAGUACGCCACUGACGCGGCUGACAAAGUCGGCAGUGCCAUGCAACCAGAGAAGGACAAGGGUGUAGCACAGGGUGUAUCGGAUGCUGCUGGCGAGGGGAAAGAUAAGGCCAAGGCGGAAACUACGGGGGAGUCCAUGGGUGAACAGGCAAAGGAGUAUUUGGACUCUGCUAAGAAGGGGCUGAACGAUGCUGUGGAGUACGUCUCCAACAAAGUCUACGGCGGUUCUGAGGAACCCCCAAAGAAGUGA